ACCUCUGUUAUAUUCCAUCUUACUUAUUUUCUGUGAACGGGAAUCUUGUUUGUAUUUAAGGAGCCAACUCUGAAUUCAAUAGCCGACAAAUGACUUAAAUAUUUCGUAGUCCAAGUUAGUGCUGCGUCAACCCAAGAGGAAAUGACAACCGCAUUGCUUUGCUCGCCCUGUUUAUGUGUUAAUAUACUAAUGCAUCGUAUCAUAUAACGAGAAAAACAUAUCAACACGACACGGAUGCAGUAACAUAGCUGAUCUCUCAUUGUCUGGUGGUGGGGUGCCGUCCUGCAGCUGGAGGAGUCAGACAUCCCUGAGGUGGGCUCCGUGGGCACCAACUUCCUGACGCAGCUGGAGGCGAGCAACGACCCAGUGGUGCGGCGUCUCUCGGGCCGGUACCGCGCCGUUGACACCCCGGAGGAAGGCCUAGCGCUCACCGCCAGCAGGAAGUGUGCAGUAGUAGUAGUAGUAGUAGUGGUAGUAGUAGUAGGAGCAGAAGUAUAUAGUUGUUGUUCUUUACUUUUCUUAUUUUCUUCCCUCACUAUACACGCAAACUAAAAAGAACAAAAUGAAGCACCAAAACAGAGAAAACAGUACCGGUAAGUGAUGAAAAAUGUGCAUGCAGACGUAACAAAGUCAUCUUCACUUUAUAAAACAACAAUGCUUUAGACUUCCCUCGAUACCAAGCCACAUAAAUUAAAAAAAAAAAACCCUGCCCCUCUUUCACUUUCUGCACGGCCUUUUUUUUAGUGCACCCUGAUACUCACGGUGAUAAGCCUCAUAUCUGCCGCUUUCUUAAUCUCGAUCUCCACUCCCAGUUCCCAGUUUGCUAUUGCUCCAUAGUCUGCUUCAGGAUUCGUCAAGCUUUCUUACUGCGACCCAGUUUAUUUUUAAGCAUUUCUCUCACGACUGAUUUUUACUUCUCUUGACAAUUUUAAGAGCUGUGUACAAUCUGCCGUCUGGAAUUUAUUGAUCUAUUUGCAAAGGAGUAACAACCCAAAGAAUAGUCUAUCGCGACACAUACAAGGUCACAGGUCUCACCAUGAUGAACCACGGCGUGCUCAUGACAUGAAUAUGGUCCUUCAGGUACGCCCUGAUGGAGAACCGCCACUUCCUGGAACACGUCAUCGCCGCCAACUUCACCAACAGGCUGGGCGAGGAGACGCUGCACGUGAUGCGGGAGUGCUUCCUCGCCUUCAGGAUAGCUCUCGUGAUGCCCAAGAACGCUCCCUACAAGCCCAACUUUGACGCCGUGGUGGUGCGGGCGGUGGAGGCCGGCCUGGUGAAGUACUGGAACGAGGACAUGCUGCGGAGGAGCCGUUGCAUGGGCCAGGAGGAGCCGCAGGACGACAGCGACGAGCGGCAGUUCACCGUCAGCGACUUGGAGGGCGCGUGGGUCAUCCUGGGCCUGGGUGUCAUGUCCGCCUUCGUCGCCUUCCUCGCGGAGCUCGCCACUCGCCACCUGCACCCACCUGUCCUGUGUCAGUUUGGGUUCUGAAGACUCACGGUAGCUCUCUUGUCGCCGCUUAGUUUCUUCAGGAGCCCAGAAACGGAUCUUCAUCGCCCUCUGUCGCGUAACGAAAGUGGUGGAAAAUAGUUUGGCUGUUAUCCGUCUGUCUAUUUAUCUGUCUGUCUGUCUGUUUACCUGCUUGUCUGUUACCAAAAUAUAUGAAAAUGGAUUUACAUAUUGUCCCCAAGUAUACAUGAGAACAUCCA